GGAGCCUCAUUCGUUCACUGCUGCCCUGGACCAUGCUGGCUGAGACAGCUGCCCAGGAUCCCUCCUGCCUGCCUGUGUCCUCCAUUCUCUGUGUCAUCUUGUGGGGGCAGAUUUGAGGGACCUGGAUCAGUCCUUUGCCCAUCUGUGCAGACUGCAAAGAAGCAGCCUUUAGUCGUGUGCACUGGCUGUUUGGAGGCUGCACAGAUCAUUCCCAGCGAGAGUACAGGGCUGGGGCUGUGGGGGUGGAUCCUGGGGGCUGGACAGUCAUCAUCUCUCACAGCAGAUCCCCACCCCUUCUCCAGGCAUGCUGGAGUCUGCCUCGAGAAUCCUUCCUCCAGAAGCCACUGGACAGAAGAGCCCUUGUGCAACCUUUUUGGAGAUGUGCCUGGUACCUGCUGAGGCAGACUUUCCACUUCCCAGUGAACAGAUGCCUGGCUAUGGCUGCGCCAUAUGGUAUUUUGGUCUCACUCAUCUCCCAGCACAACCUGUCCUCCAGCCCUACAAGCAGGUGAGAUUGCUCAGGGCCCUGAUCCCUGGGGACAGCUCCCUGCAGGCUGUGGGAGCUGCCUAGGGUCCAGUGCAGGGAGAGGUGCAAGAGGUCUGUGCUUGGAGUGUGUCCCUCUGGGAAGUGCUACCCAGUCAGUGUGGCCUUGAUGCUGGAUCACCGUUCCAGGAAAGGUUUGGCUGUGCAGGGGGCUUGCCCUGCUGGCCCGGGAUCUGACGAAAGCACACCACGCAGUGGGGGUGAGUAAACAGCACUUCAGGUUUGCGGCCAAGGAUGCUUGUGACAUCCUGGGGACACUUGUGAGGAUGAAAUCUGGCUCUGCCUGCCAGCCAGGAGUCUGUAUCAGAGCCAGAAUCUCUGGUGCUGGAUUCAUGAUCUUACCCUGUAAGCCGUUCCUACAAGAGCUGGUACAUCCCUCCUGACUCCUCCAGCAGUGUCUGCUGUUUUUCCCACUCAGUCAGGUUUAUUGGGCGAACAAUUGCCCGAGGCUCAGCGUCAGCAGCUGUCAGGCCCUGUGGAUUUGGAACAUGCAAGGAUGGCAAGGGAGGAGCUCGCAGCUUUGCCCUUUGGCAGUAUGUUGCAGGGCACAAAGCCAGCCUGCCCUCUUCCUGGCCGAGCUGGAGAUUUGGCCCCUUGCUUUUGUGCUCCUCUGGCAUUUCCUGUGGGCUGAGGGCUUGUCCCACUCCUGCUGUGGCUGCUCUGCUGGCUUGCCCUCCAGCUCCCUGUGCCACUAUGUUUGCACACACAGUGCUGUCAGUUCAGCUUCUUGGGUGCACUUCUGACUUAUCAUGCUGCCUGGGCAGCUCCGAUUUCAUCAUUGUUAGGGGGUCAUGGCAGUGUGCUGUAAAACUCUGUUCCCCUCUUCCCCACCCUGCUCAGUCCCAUGCACCCAGGAAGGACAAUGCCUAUGGAGCUGUCUGCCCUGGCCAGGACAUCCCCAGCAGUGAUGCUGUGCCUGGCUGAGGUGCUCUGUGCCAUGGUCUGACCCUGGCACCUCUCUGCUAUGGAGAUUUCUGCAGCACAGCACAGGAUCCCAAGAUCCUGUGCCAGCGCAGGGCAGAGGAGCUGGUGCUUCCCCAGGCACUCGGGCAGGGACCAGCCAUUUCCAUCUGCAUAAUGGAGACUGUAGCACAACCACCAUCAACCCACUCAGGGAUAUUUUUAGGCCUGGCUGUGCUGAUGAGGGAGAGAUGACAGGCUCACUCCACAUCCAGACAACGCAAUGCCUCUCCCAGCUGCAGCCACCUGGUGCAAUGGGAGAAGCGUGGGCUGUUCCCCUAGGGAAGGCAGCACUGACCAGGUGUUCUGGCUCUGGGCUUGCUGGGAGCAGCUAUUGGUGCAGGAUACCACCAUCCUCCUCCCUCUGAACUCGUGCAGCUUCACUGCUUUUGAGAGAACAGGUUAAUUAAUUCCCCAGAUCUCACUGGCUCUUGACCUUGAGGGUAUUUCCUGGCUUGUAAAGGAAAAGGAGGGAGGAAUCUGAAGCUGUGGGACUGAAGUAUGGGCAGUGACAUGCUUGCACAUGGUCACCUGCUGUCACAGAAAUGGGGAUCCCCUUCAGCUGAGGAGUUUGGCUUUUCUGCAGGGCCUGAGGCUUGGAAAGUUCUGUGGAAGAAGGUAUCAAAGCUUCCCCUUUUAAUCAGAGCCCUGUGUGGGGCUGCAGCUGGUGGAGUGGAAGGAGCAGUGAUUUGAGGGUGUCUGGGAUGAGCUGAUGGAGGACAGGAGAUCUGGGACAUGAGGCUGUCUCCUGUGGCCAGGCGUGUCUGAAGCUGGUCCCUCAGCACUGCUGGGCAGGCCUUGCAUGAAAUAGGUGCCUGAUGCCCUGGACACACACAAUGACACAGUGCUACUGGGAGGUGCCGUUGCCAAGCCAUGAUUGUGUCCUGGGUGCUGGAUGAGGGGAGAACUGUCCAACACAGUGUCUGUAGCAGGAUUGGAGGGAAACUGGGAUGGGCUGGAGCAGGCUGCUCUACCCAGCUUCACACCAGGGCUCACAUGCCAACCCAGGUAGCUUGUAGGUGCUGGACUCUCAACACGGGGCUUGUCUGGGUGGCUGCACAAAGCAGUGGCACUAAUCUACCCCAUCCACCAGGAACCAAUCUGUCAGGGAGGGUGCCACUGGUACCAACACCUCACUGUGUUUGGCUUUCCCUGUCCCUGCAUUGGAAGGACCAAUUCAGCUGCAGGUGCAAAUCUCCCUCAGCUAGCUGCUGAGACCUGGAAAGUUCCAGCCCUGAGCAGCUGCUUCUGCCUGACCCCAUGGAUCUGCCAGCAUCCGCCAGCAUAGCGGUGGUUCAGGUGAUGGCUGCAGAAAGUUCAUACUCCCUUGGCUGUGGCACAGGGAGUUGGCUCCCAUGGAGCAGGGUGGAGAGACUUCAUUGGAGAGGCUGAGCUCUGUCCCUACCUUCCUGUGGCUGGGCAGGGUGGGCUGCAGCUGAAAACAAGGACCUGCUGGCCUGGCUGUUCCCCACGACUGCCAGGAAAGGGGCAGAGUCAUCCACAGCUGGCAGCUCUGUACAUUCACUGUUUAGGAUCCCACUUACUAUACAAGGAUCCAAUGUCCCCUUAGUCCUGUUCUCAGUCAUACCUACCACUAUAGAUUUGUGUGACUUUGAGUGAUGUACCUGGGGGCGUUGAGGUGUUUCAGCAGCACCUCUCUGUCUGUGUCCCCUGUCUGUGGCUGGCAGCUGCCUCUUCAUGGCUGCUGUUAUCCCACAUCCUGCCAGCAAACAGAGCACCCAGAGGUACUUUCCCCUGGCUGCUCUAACUCCCUGUUAUGAAAAGCGGCUUCAAGAAUGCACAGGUUGCCACAAAUGCUGAAUCUCCAAAACCAAGCAUGUUUGUGUCCCGCAGCAGAGUACAAACCCUUGGCCACAUCCUGCAGCACAGGGGUCAGGGCAGGGCAAACUAAGCCCUCAGCCCCUGCAACCUCCCACACAGCCCCUUUGGCCCAUGCCAUGCUGCGUGGCUCCUCUCCUUUCUUCCUUUUCCCAAGAGGGAGCAGAUAAGCCUCAGCACCCAGGAGUGGGGAAGGAAGGCACUGGGACGCGGCAGGGCUACCUCAGCUGGCAGCUACCCUGCCAGCCUGGUGCCCCAUGCCAGGCAGCCAUUCUCAUGACCAACGGUGAAGCACCUCCACCAGCAGCACCAGCAUCUCCUCCCACCACCUUCCAGUGACUGGCAACAUUUGAGGUGCCUGGUGCUUUCCCUUCCUCCUGCCUCUCCUUGCCCCCUGCCCUUGUGCUCCUUCCCGUCUCCUUGAUCCCUUUACUAAGCAUCAUGCUUGCCCUGGUCUCAGAUGAGUAGGAGGUGGGAUGCUGUCAAGAGCAUCUCUCUGGGCACAUGGCCCUGCACCCUGGGAGGUGUUGAUGUCCCUUGGUGCAUCACGGGGUAUUGAGAGGGGAAAUCACCCACACAGGAGUGCAGCCUGUGGCUCUGCAGACAAUGCCCUGGGAGUUGCUUACCAGAGGCAGCAGUGCUGACCAUUUCCUCUGGGCACAAGGGGAAGAGAUCAGAGUGACACAAAUGGGGAAGGUUUGUAAACCUGAACUCGGGCACUUGUGCUGCUGUGCUUAUGCUGUGGGUUUUGGCAUCGACUCACUUGGGCAUGUAGGGGAGAGAUAAGUAUGACUUACGGAGCUGGUUGCUGUGUUGUAUGAAGGUUGCUGCUGCGUUACUUGGGUUCAGAGGUUGCAGGCAUCAGGCAGCAAUGGAGAGAAGGUUGAGGUUGAACAGAAUGAAAAGAGGAGCCCAUGGCCAGUGGCCCCAUCACCACAGCAGGCCAGCUGAAGGUGCACAAGGGAUUGCUCCGGUGCAAGUAAUUAAGUACUGAAGCUCCAGGCUGGAAAUGAGCACUGCUGCAGGUAGUGUAAUGCCACAGAGCCAGCUCAGGCUGUUGUACCUGUUUUUAGAAAGACGUGCAUGAGCUGGAAGAGCAGGUGAACAAGACUGUCCUCAGGCAGAGCCUUCUGCACCUUCCCCACUGCCUUCUCUGGCGUGCAGGAAUCAGUCCUGGCCUCUUUUUUGCUGCUGUAGCUGUUUGGACAGGAGAUCAGGAGGGGUGCAUACAGGUCAGGGCAAAACAGAAAGCACAUCCAUGCAGUAUCUCCUCAUGCCUGAGCCACAGAUGUCAAAAAAUUAAAGCUGAGACCUUAAACUUGUUGAGAUCUAGUUGAGAUCUAAACUUACUUUGCAAGCUGCUGCAUGGUGAGGAUGGCUGCCCCUGCAGCCGUUGGUGACCAUGCUGUACUUAAUUUCAGGCUUGAGUUUUUCCCAUCUUCAGUGUCUCACCUUUGGCUCUUGCACUUCCUUCUGCCCAUACCGGUGCUCCAUUCCCUCUGGCAUUGAGGAGACCACUCCUGGGGCAGUUAAGUAGCUUGCACUCCUCACAUCCUACGCAGCCAUAUUUGCCACAUUUCCAGCCCUUAGCUCCUUUUUUUGUGGUGGUGUUGCUGCUCCUCAGGAUUUCUGUGCCUGUUCUGAAGUUUGGAGAGCUGGACCAGACAUCAAGUUGGCUUUGCCAGAGCUGUAGCUCUGCUUGGAAAUCGCCUCCGUGCCCCUCUGACUCAUGGCUCUCACAGCCAAGGUGCUGUGCUGCAGGCUCAUAGCAGCAGUCAUGUGUGGGGACAGCUCUUUUUCAGCUUUUUUCCUUAAUUCUACCUCCCAGCCCUGCUUUCAGGGAGAUUGUCCACCCUGCGGUAAAGCCUGUCCUCUCCAUUCCCAAGAGCCUUCCUUUACAGCCCACCACUGUGCUGUGGGCUGUGAUCAUUUUCCCAGGCCAUUCAGCUCAUGCUGUAGCAGCCAGCAGCCUGUUCAGUGUUUUAUCAGCCCCAAAUGUAAGCCUUCAUCUUGUCAUCUAGACAAUUGAUAUUAAGACCUAUUAAAUGGCACUGGACCAGGGGUCACUGGGGUCUAGGUACGCUUCCUGUUGUUGAUGUCUCCCCAUUAAGUCUUAGCUCACUGACAGAUCUCAGAAUGUAGCUGUUAAUACAUGUAGUUGUUAAUCUACUUGAGUCUUAUUAAUUCUUUAUAAUACAUACUCUUAAUUAAAAUCCUACAGCAUUAUUGAGAGCAAUGGAGAAGGCAAAGUGUUCUCUAUAGAUGCUCCUGCUCUCAACAGCCAGAAAUUUCCUUUUGCCCAGGGAGGAGUUUCCCUGUGUAACAGCCUCAGGAUGCCCUUAGCUGUGCUUUCACCUACCCAGUGGCAGUCUGAGGGUCUCUGCCAUUUCUCUGCCCAUUGCUUUGACCCUUUAGAUUAUACUGGCCUCCUAGCAGCUGACCAUUCAUUAAAAAUUAACACAUGUGUUUGGGAGAGUCUGUGAUUAAGUCAUCAAGUUGUUUGCAAAUUACUUGGGCCUGUAGUAUGAGUGUAGCUAGUUUGGGGAGCUGCAGCCUCUCCUUGUACCACUGCUUUGCCAAAUUCCCUCCUCUCUGUGAUAGCAUGUGAGAUGGAGUCACUCCUGCCAUUCCCAUUUGAGAGGAGGCAGUGGCUGGAUGGUACUGCUUGCCUCGCCUGACUCUUCCAGCUAUUUUUAUGGCAUGAAAGGGGAUGGGGUAAUGCCAGCCUGGAGAGCUCAGGAUGAACCAAUUGAGGUUCAUAGCCAUCACAGUUCUAACCAUUUCUGAAAUUCAGGUUUAUUCAGCAAUCAUCUCAGAAAGACAAGGACAGCACCCCUGGCUUUGGGGAGGCAGCAUGGCCACAGCUGGAGCUGGGCUCAUUCAGGGUUCCUGCGGCACUGGCAUGAAGAAAUGCACUGUGAUAUCCAGUGAUGGCAUGUGGGCUGAGCAAGACUCCCUGUUUCACUCCCAGAUCUCAGGUCAUGUAGAAGAGCAGAUUUAAUGUGAAGAUGGGACUCUUGGUGUUUAUGCGUAACCUGCUGCUAGCCCUCUGCCUCUUUCUGGUACUGGGAUUUCUGUACUAUUCUGCCUGGAAGUUGCACCUUCUCAGAUGGGAGGAUUCAAAUUCAGUGGUUCUUUCCUUUGACUCCGUUGGACAUACAAUAGGCUCAGGAAGGAGAGAGAGAAAAACUGUGGCUAUUGUGCUUCCGCUGUCCAUCCCAUCUCACCUUGCUGCAGACCCAGGAAAAGACAGAGCCCAGAAAGAACCCACAGAAACCAUGGCAGCUCCAGGCCCAGCCAUUCCCAAAUAUGACAAACUGGGCUUUCUCCUGAACCUGGACUCAAAAUUGCCUCCAGAACUGGCAUCAAAGUAUGCCAAUUUCUCUGAGGGAGUGUGCAAGCCAGGCUAUGCAUCAGCGCUCAUGACUGUCAUCUUCCCAAAGUUCUCGAAGCCGGCACCAAUGUUCUUGGAUGAUUCCUUCAGGAAAUGGGCACGUAUCAGGGACUUUGUACCCCCCUUUGGAAUUAAAGGACAAGAUAAUCUGAUCAAAGCCAUCCUGUCAGCAACCAAAGAUUAUCGUCUAACUCCAGCUCUUGACAGUCUCAGCUGCCGGCGAUGUAUUAUUGUGGGAAAUGGUGGAGUACUUGCAAAUAAGUCACUGGGAUUAAAAAUUGAUGACUAUGAUGUUGUUAUCAGGCUGAACUCGGCUCCAGUGAAAGGCUUUGAAAAAGAUGUGGGUGGCAAGACAACACUCCGGAUCACAUAUCCUGAAGGUGCAAUCCAGAAAAUGGAGCAGUAUGAGAAGGAUUCCCUGUUUGUUCUGGCAGGAUUCAAAUGGCAGGAUUUCAAGUGGCUGAAAUACAUUGUUUACAAGGAGAAAGUGAGUGCCUCUGAUGGCUUUUGGAAGUCAGUGGCAACCCGUGUCCCAAGGGAACCUCAUGAGAUACGUAUCCUGAAUCCCUACUUCAUCCAGGAGGCGGCUUUCAGCUUCAUCGGACUGCCUUUCAACAAUGGCCUGAUGGGCAGAGGGAACAUCCCCACCUUGGGAAGCGUAGCAAUAACCAUGGCGCUGCACAACUGUGAUGAGGUGGCGGUAGCUGGGUUUGGCUAUGACAUGAGUUCACCCAAUGCACCACUGCACUACUAUGAGAACAUCAAGAUGUCUGCCAUCAAAGAGUCCUGGACGCACAACAUCCAGAGGGAGAAGGAGUUUCUGAGGAAGCUGGUGAAAGCCCGAGUCAUCACUGACCUAACCAGUGGGAUUUGAGUGGCUGCAGCCACUGCCUCCAAGGGAGGAGACGAAGACACACUGCAGCUCUGGGAGCAGGCACUGGCAGCCCCCUGCAAGAAUCCCACCUCACUGAAGACACACAGAGAUGCCCAGGUGCUCUGGGAAGACCCUCUUGCAUUGCCAGUCUGCAUGAGGGUUACAACUGCCACCUCCAGGCCUAGAGCUGGCAGGAGGUGGGCAAGGGGCUGAGUGGACAGUUCUUGAACUCUGCAUCACAGACAGAUCUUCUGCAUCCUGAAUUAGACAGGAAAGACUCAGGAGAGAGAAGAAAAGUUUGUGAAUAAAAUGAUUUGUGCCAAAUGGGAGGUGAUGCUGCCCCAAGGCAGCAAUGCCUGAAUGUACAAAGUAUUAUUUUUUAAAAGACUCUGCUGGAACCAUACUAGAAAUACCAAGGUACAAGGCAAAGUCUGCUUGUGCACAGCCCUGUGAAAAACCUGGCCUCUUCACGCUCCAUCUGUAUUGUCACCGGCCUCAGACCUUUCCCCAGGAAAACAAAUCCAUCCAAAACUUCGGUGUCAUUGGUGCUGCUACAAUUUGAAGGGAGAAUAAUGGCUGCCUCUCCUUCUCCACUUGGAGCUUCUGGAUGGAGAUGAGCAUGGGUUUGUUUUUCUGCAUUUUUCCUCACUUCCUCCACAGAGGCAGCAACAGCAGCAGCCACUGACUUAGCUGUGUUUUUCAUAGCCAUUUGCUCUGCCUCUGCUCUGACCCCGAGGUGGAGCAGGCAGCCGGUGGCUUCCUCUGCCUACAGCAGACCUUCCCACCUUCCUGCUUGUCACGAUGCAGAGGAGCCUGCCCCAUUGCGCUCAAGGCUUUCAGGCCUCUUGGUUUGUGCCUGCUGUGCAGGGCGCCCGUGGAGUCCGUGCAGACUGGUGUCACUGUUUCUGGACAGCAUCUCGCUUUGGUUUUGUGUGGGAGGGGAGUAAUUUAUUCUUUGGAAGGAGGUCAGAUCUUGAGCAGAGAUCUCAAGCUUUACAGUUUGAGAGCAGACUGCUGAAGAUGUUUGUUUUAUGUUCCAGACUUGAUCAUGUUCCCUAUUUAAGCGACGUGUGACCUCAGUGAUGAUGGAACCUGAUGGGAACUCUCACCCUCUGCUUGGCCCCUGCUCUCUCCAUUUCCAAGCUCCUCCCGUGCUGCUCUAGCACUGCUGCUCCUCCUGCUCUCAGGAGCACGUCCUUCCUUUGCCCUCUUGGUCCCAAGAUGCACUAUUUGCACACUUGAUUUGUAUACAUAUUUCAGAGGAGGUGGAAUAAACUGAGCAACAUGGCCAAGUGCAAGGGCAGCAGGGUGGUCUCAUCCACCUGAGGAGCAUGGGCAGAAGGGAGAUUGCCAAGGGAAUGAAUGCCUACAUGUGAAAAGUGGCUCCUGUGCUCUCCUAGCCUGGAGCAGGCUGGACUGCACCCACAGGUGCUGUCCCAGUACCUGGGUGUCGAGGCACUGGCACACAGCCAGCCAGUGCUGGAGUCAGUGGAGGGGGAUCCCAGAGGGAUGUGGGUUGGGCUCAUGGUCCUGGCACUGCAUCUGACAGAGCCCAAGGAUUGCAGCCUGCCUUGAACUGAAGUGGGAGCAUGGCUCUGGCAUGGGCAAGGAAUGCUCAGAGCAGGGCUCGCAUGGCUCCCCUAGACCAACUCUGCACCCACUGACUUGCAGGGGGCUGUGACUUUGGACCUGAGACCCUUGAGGGGGUGUGCAGGAGGGGCAGGCAGUGACCCAGGCAUGGGGCAGAGGAGCAAACUGCACAGAAUGGUUUGAGACCAGGUUGCAGGCAGAGGCAGCUCCCAGGACAUGGCACUGAGUGCUGCUUACACACCGGUGUGGGAUGCAUCCCUCAGGAGCCUCUCCUGCCUGGUGUGCCUGUAGCCAAGGAGCUUGCUCAGGGGCAAGUCCUGCCCAGCUUCUUGUUGUGGCUGCUGUUUCCCUUGUCAUCUGGGAGCAGCUCAAAGAUCCUGCCACUUCUGGGCUGCAGGAGACAUGCUGGAAGGCUCUCCUUCCCUUUACCCUUCCCAUGUCCCAUCCCCACUGCUCUGGCCUCCCAGCCAGGCAGUCCCUGUUCCCCCAGGGACAUGCCUCCUGUCAGGAUGCUCUGUGAGGUCUCCAGCAGGUUUUAGAGCAUAUGCUGUGGCAGAUACACCUUUGAAGUAUCUCCCGGUUUGUUAUUCCUUCUUGAGGAGUCCAUGGGACUGGAUUUCCAUGGCGCUCACCAGGCAGUGCUCCCUUUGCAGUUCCUAGGUGUCGGCCUGGACUUGUGACCAUCAUCUGUUGAGUCCCAGCCAUGCUGGCAGUGGGGAUGCUUGGUCUGGAUCUGGCUGAGGUUGGGCUGGGGAAGGGUUGACACCCACCCUCUCUCUGUCUCAGUGCUUUAACCAGCUGCCACGGGAGCCCUAGGGCGGGGGUGGGUAAUGGGCUGUAUCCAUGGGCUGCAGUGAGCUGAGAUGGCAGAAUGGGCAUCUGUGUCCAGAAGGAGGAGGGGAGUGAAGAGCCUUUGGUGUCUGUGCUGGGCUCCUCCCUGCCCACUGGGGGAAGCACCCCCAUGGAGGCUUGUGAUGGCAUUAAUUUGAUUAAGACUGGUUUAUUGAGCGCUACAAAGCUACAGGGGACUUUUAUCUUCCAACUCACUGGCUCCAGGUCCAAGGACACAGCAUGGCCACUGCUCAGCCUUCCCUGUCAUCCCAGCUCUCCACCACAGCCAUGAACAGGGUGGGAAGUUGACCCUACAGACAAGGGAGGUGACUCCAAGCCCUUCCCUCCACCUUGGCAAGGGUCUCCAGGCAGAAGUGUCCAAGCUGAAUAAAUGAGUGCAUGGCCCAGAGUGACUGUGGUGGGUCAGGACCACCUGCAUGUAGAAGGAAAGAGCGUUUGGGGGCUGAGGCUCUCCUCUAGUUCACUGACACCACAGAGCAGCCUGUGGCCGAGUGAUGGGGCUCCAGCUCCAGGAGCAGUGCUCAGCACUGGGUUUUGCUCCUGGGUGCCGUUCUUUUGGCUGCCUCCCCGCGUGCACCUGCAGCCACCUCCCGCCCUUGAAACGCUGCAGUCCUGCCAGCUCGGAGCAGUGCACGCGGGUCAGAGCAGGGUCAGUGGGACGGAUGUGAGUCUUGGCCUCUCCCUCACAGUGACUCACCUUGUCAGAUCGGAAGGGAGAGCCCAGGGGAAUUCUCCACAGCCUAAAUAUAGAGCGGGGUUGCCUGGUGCCUCUGAUGCGCUGUGGUGCAGAAAGGCCAUUCGGAUGGUGGGGAACCUGCCUAGACAGAGCCCAGGGAAACACAGGGAGGUCGGGGGCCAGUGAUCACAGUGGGUUUUGCUCCAGCUAGUGCAGAGAGCAGGUAUAGAGACCUGCAGGGCAGCCUGCACGUGCUGCUCUGGAGGACAGGGGCUGCCAGAGAGUUGCUGGUGCUGUGCUGAGCACACCAUGAGCUGCUUGUGCAUUUGUGGCAGUGCCCACCACACUGGCAUUGGGCUCCCACCACCAGCUCACCCCAUUAUGCCUAGCCAUCCUGUGGCCUCAAGCUCACACAUGCCAAAGGGAAGCACCAUGGCCAGGUAGCAUGAGGCAGCCAUGGGAUCCAGCCCAACAUUCCUCAUCCCAGCAUCUCUGGGCUUCUAGUGUCUCCUUUCCUUGGAGGGAGAAGUGGAGAGGCCCUGCCUGGCCAUGCUCUGCUACCCCUCAGUGUGGGCACUGCUGGGAGUGGGGGAAGGUGUCAGGACAGGGCUGUCUGUGUCAAAUGGGUGCAGCUGGGCUGGGUAUGGGCAGAACUGGACAUGGGCAAGGGCUUCCAGAGUGUUUGGCAGGGAGGCAACCACCACACCAAGCUCCACGGGCACCAGCACGGUGUGCUCUCGGUCCGAGCGUGUGUCACUCGCAGUAUUAGAGACGUGUCCUUCGGUGCAGGAGCCCCUUUGGGGCCACUGCCCUGCCCCUCUGGGCGCUGGCUCCUUGCACAGCCUGCACGGGGUCUCGAAGAGGCCAGUGCAUUCGCCAGUACUGUACCAAGCCAAGAUGCAAGAACUCAAUGAAUUUUUAAAAUUAGUUUUAGUUUCUGCAUUUUUUUUUAAUUUCCCCUCUAGGCAGGGAGGGCAAGAGUCUUGCAGGCUCCUCCAAGCCGGCUUAUGUCACAUCAAUUCAGUCAUAUCACAGAAGCAAUAAAGCUAUCAAACAAG